AUGACGAAUGGCCUUCUGCUACAGGACCAUGUCAAUGACAACGCGCUCGCAAACUAUGCCUCUAUCAUGAUCGAUGAAGCGCAAGAGACAAGAUUUCCAGCUCCAGAAGCAAGCGGAUUACAACGGCAGAGUUGGAGUGACUAUGCUCCUGACGGCUCCUAUUGCGUAAGCCUACAUGAUAACGAACUGGACGUGGUAGAUGAACCGGAUCAGGACAUCGCAUCCUUUCUGCAGAAGAAGGGUCUGCUCCUUUAG